UCAAAAUCCCGCCCCGAGAAGGACUGGGAGCGAGAAGCGAGAGUCUAGCUGUACGCCUGCGUGCUGAGGUCGGACGGCUGAAGGCGCGCGGUGAGCCCCUCGCAGCCCCGCAAACCACGCGAUAUUUCCUCCGGGGCUCCGCGGCGGUGAGUGACGAGCGCCGGCGGUCGAUCUCGGACCCUGGGACUGGGGAUCCUGUAGCUGGGUGCAGCGUCCAGGAAUUACUGUAUACGGAAAUCUUGUGAGAUCUCUGUGUGAACAAGGCGAUGAUUGUACAAAGAGUGGUACUGAAUUCCCGACCUGGAAAAAAUGGUAAUCCGGUGGCAGAAAAUUUCCGAGUAGAAGAAGUAAACUUACCAGAUAAUAUCAAUGAAGGACAAGUACAAGUCAGAACCCUUUAUCUUUCUGUGGAUCCUUACAUGCGCUGUAAAAUGAACGAGGACACGGGAAGUGAUUAUUUGGCGCCUUGGCAGCUCUCUCAAGUGGUUGACGGUGGAGGUGUUGGGAUUGUAGAAGAAAGCAGACACUCGCAUUUUACUAAAGGGGAUUUUGUGACUUCUUUCUAUUGGCCCUGGCAAACCAAGGUUAUUCUGGAUGGAAAUAGCCUAGAAAAGGUAGACCCACGACUUGUGGACGGACACCUUUCAUACUUUCUUGGAGCUAUCGGUUUAUGCGGUUUGACGUCCUUGAUUGGGAUACAGGAGAAAGGUCACAUAACUGCUGGCUCUAAUCAGACAAUGGUUGUUAGUGGGGCCGCUGGUGCUUGUGGAUCCCUGGCCGGGCAGAUUGGCCACUUGUUGGGCUGUUCCAGAGUGGUGGGAAUUUGUGGAACACAGGAGAAGUGCCUCCUUUUGACCACAGAACUGGGCUUCGAUGGUGCAAUUAAUUAUAAAAAAGAGAACGUGGCAGAACAGCUUCGUGAAUUAUGCCCAGCUGGCGUGGAUAUUUACUUUGACAACGUUGGCGGUGACAUAAGUAAUACAGUGAUAAGUCAGAUGAAUCAGAACAGCCACAUCAUCCUGUGUGGUCAGAUUUCUCAAUACAACAAAGAUGUGCCUUAUCCCCCUCCGCUACCUCCUGCUGUGGAAGCAAUCCAGAAAGAAAGAAACAUCACAAGAGAAAGAUUUAUGGUGCUCAACUAUAAGGACAAAUUUGAGUCUGGUAUUCUACAGCUGAGUCAGUGGUUUAAAGAAGGAAAACUAAAGGUCAAAGAAACUAUGAUAAAUGGAUUAGAAAACAUGGGAGCUGCAUUCCAGUCCAUGAUGGCAGGGGGUAAUAUUGGAAAGCAGAUAGUUUGCAUUUCAGAAGAAGCCUCUUUGCCAUCCCUAUAAGCCUCUUCAUUAAGAGAAUACAGAUUUCUUUCCAUUUUUCACAAAGAUUUUCAAGAUACAUUAAAAAAAGCCUUAGAGUACAGAUAACUUUUGAUUUAAAAGUAGGUGACUAUUUUCUUAGUUGCAGAACAUAAUUCUUUCGUGUAUCUUCAAUAUUAUAUAUGUACACUAUAUCCAACAUAUUACUUAUAUUAAUAGAUUGAAGUCAGCAUGAUCUAUUUUUCUUUUAUUAAAACUAUUAAUAUAUUUUAAUCAUAUUUUGAAACCACUGGAGAUUUGAUCCAACUCUUUGUUAAUGGAUCAUACAAACAUAUUUUUCAAAUUAACUUUUAUUGUAAAUGGAAUGGUUGAGAAGGCACUUAGUUAAAUAUUUGUAGAACUAGAAAUGUUUUACAUAAGUUUUGAACUGAAACUUGGCAUAAGAAGAGAAUUAGGAUGGCUUUUCCACAUUGUAGAUGGAAAACGGACUUAAUGGCGGGGUGUUUGGGUAGGGGUUUGGGGGAAUUCAGAACUGUGGACAGCUUUGGGGCCAGGAGAGCAGAGGCUUUGUGUUGGGAGUGGUAUGAGAAGAUAAGGAGAGGCUGGUUGGGUUGAUGGAGAGACUACAUUGACUGCAGAAGAUGAUCUGUCUGUGUUAUGCCAAAUAGUUUACUGUCUAGCCUAAAAACCCAAAUAUUUAUUGAUAAAAGCAUAUGUUUAUUUUAGGUUAGCAGGCAUGUACUGUCAAAUAGUUGUCAAGAUUUCCAGGGCAAAUAGAUAUAAACAUGACUUGGAGUUUUAGGUGAUUAAAAGAUUAAGACAACAAAGACAGCUUCAGAAAAUGUCAGGACUGAAUGGGCAAAUUAACAAAUGGUUAUAAACAUGAAUGCUCAAGACCUACUAAUGUACCUCUGCAU